ACUCUGAUCUCACCUCCAACACAUAUAACAAAAACCGCAAUCGUCACAAAUUAAAUAAGGCUCUUGCCAAGUAUUUGGAACAAGAGAGGUUCCAAACUAAUAACGAUGGCCUUGGCCUAGGACCUUUUGGGGGAAACGAGUUCGACGAAGAUAGUAGCAAUCAGUUCGUCGUAGAACCCGACGAAAAGAAACGUUCAUCAUACUUUAGAGAGCGUGAUAACAAAUAUGAAUCCCAACCCACCUCGGUAUUUCGAGAACGUGAAACACAAGGAGCGUCUGCAGGUGGCAUAACUUUACCCGAGCAGACUGAAUUGACUGAGCAGUUUUUACGAGAAAUCGAGGACGCAAAAGAACGAGAACGCGAAGAACGCUACAAAGGCGCUCUGCGCAACCUGUGGGAAAAGUAUGAACACCAAGAGAAUAAUAUCAAUGAUGAUUUGUUUGAGGAAAAGAAACGCAUGCGUAUACCCCCUUACUAUAUGUUGAUGCAGAAGAAACGCUCUUAUCCCGUUCUCCCGUGGCUACCAUAUGCGGAACGGAAGAAACGCUUCCCCGUAGCGAAACGCUCAACCAGGCACGUGUCCAGCCAGAAUAUCAGUUUGGGAAAGACCGACGAUAGGGUGGCUAAAGAGUUGAGCGAGCUGUUUGGUUCUUCCGCGUCCGCAACAAGUGAUGAGAAAAGGAAACGCUCAACCGAUGAACAAACACGUACUUCUUCCACUCACGCACCCGCAAUAACAUCGACUGCUUCGAAUAAUAUGUUAUUAGAGAUGCCCGCCAAGAGAGAUAACUCAACCGAGGCUACUACAAAAACUGCUACACCAAUAGAUGUGCACGACCACCGUCACCAGCAUGGAUCUGACCAUGUCCAUAGUGCACACGGUCAGAAAGAAUACAAGCAUCGUAAACGAAGCGAUCAUCAUGGUUCACAUGAGAGUCAUGAGGAGGAAGAAGAAGUCUCGGAAUCCGAGGAGCAUGAAGACGAUGAAGUAGAUGAAGAAGACGAUGAAGAAUUCGAAGAAGAAGAGGCGGAAGAAAGUAAGAAGAAACGGGAUCUAAGCAAAGCAAAACUCAUAAAUUUGGAAUUACUUAGAGCCGAAAAUAUCCCAUCUGCUCGCACAAGUAAUCAGCGACAGAAGAAAUCUAUUGACUGGUCAAAAUACUUUGGCAUCGAUCGGAAAAAGAAGGCUCUCAAAAAAGAAAAUGCAGCAGGGGGCAUUGAGGUUAAAAAACGAGGCGCUAGUAGUACUGAAGCCAGCAGUAAUGAUGGGGAUAUGAAAAAACGUAAUUUGGAUUCUGAGCAAUUAGACAUCAUGGAUAGGAAAUUGCAAUCGAUUGAGGACUUUAUUAUUGAUGAGACCAUUAAAUAUACCGGAGCUCAUGAAGGAAUUGCCGACCCAGAUGAGAUAAGGCGCCUCAAAGACCACGUGCUCUCUCGCCUGGCCACGGCAUAUAGUUUGGAGAAAAUGCGUCGCGCUUUAGACAAAUUGCGACAAUCUGUGGAAGCUGAGAAUCACUUACUGCGCAAUGCAAUCGAACCAGAAGAUAAUACCGAAAAUGAUCUGGAAAAUCCUUUGUCGGCGAAGAAGGUUCGAACACCUUUACAUGAAGUGGAAAAUAUGGGUUUCCCGACAGGCAAUGAUAGGACAAAGGAAAUACACUCGAAUGCCAUGAUGAGCACCAAUUCUGCUGACGCAAAUACCAAAAAUGCCGAGCCUAACGAAAAGAACGAUAAAAAUCUUGAACAAGUAAAAAAACACAAGAAGAAGCGUAAUGGCUAUAUGCGUUAUCCAGAAUUACCGAAUGAAUUCGCUGGAAUGCAGGAGGAUAUCGUCGAUGCUGGUCGCUAUGAGCCGUUGAACGAUGCGUAUUUGGGAAAUAAGAACUAUAUUAUCGGCUCGAAUAGGUGUCCCUUAAUCGAAUCGAUGGCGGAACGCUGUCGAGGUAUAGAUAUUCUAAGUGGAGAUAUAAAUCAGGAGCUCUUGCCUAUUUGUGGUAUUCACCAGAUUUGUUAUUUAUGUGGCACUACGCAAGUGGCUUGCGAUUAUCAAUAUUUGACAGAAGCGGAUGCUAUUUGUGGCAACAACAACGAUUGUCAAGCAGCAGCACGCUCUAUAUUGAUGAUAUUACGUGGAACACCAAGCCCACAGCUAGGUCCAAGAGAGUGUCUGAAGAAUUCGUGUCUACACAGUGCCAUGCGUGAAAUCGGACUAUAGAUGCAUCAACACUAAAUAAUAUUUAUCAAAUUGACAGCUAUUUAUUCACAAACUUUGUAUGCAGUUCGCUUAAAUUGUAAACCAUAGACAGGAAAGUUGGUCAUACAUUUUUAUGAGUGCUCGACUAGUAAAUACGCAUAGGUACAUGUGUAUGUAUGUAUGUACAUUCAUACAUACAUAUAUCAAUGACGAUUUCGUUAAGAAUUCAGAGGAAUCGUAUGUCGGAUAUUUUAUCAAAACUCCUAACUAAUUGUGUUUAUAACCUUCAUGAUUUGGUUGUAUGCAAUUACAUACUUAAAUAUUUAGUGAACAUAGUGCAUACAUGCAUACAUAUGUAUAUGUGUGUACAUACAUAUUUACAACCUAUUUGUGGAAAUAAAAAUGGAAUGUUUCCUAUCUGGAUAAAAAAAAAUGUUAAAGGAUGUAUGAAUAUAGGUACAUGAGUAUGUCAUAUAUUCAUUAAAAAAUCUAAAAGAUAUGCAUCUCUAAUUACCAUUUAGAAAUUUUAAGAUUAAAAUAAAUAUUAUGUUAAAUGUGUAAUAUGAACUUAAUAACAAAUGUUAUAUAUAAAUAAAUGUACAUACAUGUGUCUUAAUACAUACAUACAUACAUACAUAUAUAUUAGGGCGGGCC